ACAAACGUUCAACGUACGGUCGCCCCUAUCAACUUCGAGCUUCCGACGUUCAAUCUUCCUGGAAAUAACCUCCGGAAGUUCAAAAUUUACGAAGAAGUUGAUGCUGCGUUUUUGAGCUUAAGAUUUGGGAACCUUGACACCUCUUCUUGUUUCUCCUUCUUCUUCCUUGGCUCAACAAUGGAAUAUUUUUUUUUGGGUAUUCUUCCUCCUGAGUUUCUGCCGAGAGAGGGAGAGGAUGAACAAAUUGAGGCAAACAAGGUGGCAAUUCGAGAAAGAGCAAAACUUCUUGAAUCAGUCCUGAAGGAAAAGGACUUCAAAAAGAGAUUAUGUGAAGGAUCAGAUAUGAUGCAAAAAAUGCUAGAUGACUUCCAAAGAGAGAGACUAGAAGCCGAAGCUAAAGCUGAUAAAUUAGUCAAUGAUCUCUGUAAUGCUGUUGAGCUUAAACGCUCCCUCCAAUCUCAAGAUCCACAAUUGGAGGAAACUAAUGUUCAAAAAGAGGCUCUUGAACCCAAGACCAACCCUGAACCCAUCAACCAACAGGUCCUGGUUCUAGAAGAUUCACCUAAUUCCGCACCAUCACAGAAACCCGAGAGCAUAACAACUCUCGCUAGGGCUACUGUCGUGUUGUUACCUGAAUCUCUUCCUAGCCAAGUCCCAAUUAGCAUAUUUGUACAUGAGGUGGAACCAACUGAGGGACCUGACUCAAAACCACCUACGCUCGUUCAAGAAAAGAAGGAGGAGGAAGUUUUGCCUAUGGCAAUAAACAACCAUCUCCUUAAUUGUGUUGAAGACACACCUCCAAAGGAACCUGUUUUGGAGGAGAUAGAGCCCAUUACCUGCCCCCAAGAUUCCAAUACCCAAGAGUCUGAGGAGGAAUCUGUUGACGAGGAAUUAUUGUGCAUGAAAAACCCUACUUCGUCUAUAGAAACCUGUGCAAAUAAUGCUUCACCAGUAUACUCAGACCAAACUUUAUUUGACUCCUUACAUGACGGGUGUAACCCGGUUUGCCCAGAGGAUAGUUGGAGCCAAAAGAGUAGGGAUGAACUUUUGGUUAGAGGUAUUAAGGACUCUUCCAUAGGGGAAAGCACGGUCGCAAUCAUCAAACCAAAAAUGGAUAGUCAGCCUAUUGAAGGUAAGGAAGAAAUAAAUUUCACCAUCAAAGCUAAUGAUGUGGAUCUACUGAGGAGACUUUCGCCCCCACCCACCUAUACAAAGUCUCCUCCCUAUAUCCUGUUGCCACCAAGCCGCAGGGACGAGUCAAGGAUCCUGGACCUUGACCGAGGAGCAAAUCAAACAAGGAUUGCGUUACUAAGGUGCAAUGUACUCGCCUUGAUAACGUAGAGGUCGGAAAGAUAGAAAGAUAAUAAUACGCCUCAACAAACGUUCAACGUACGGUCGCCCCUAUCAACUUCAAGCUUCCGACGUUCAAUCUUCUUGGAAAUAACCUCCGGAAGUUCAGAAUUUACGAAGAAGUUGAUGCUGCGUUUUUGAGCUUAAGAUUUGGGAACCUUG